CUCGCGCAUCAGCGGCGGGGAUACCUCCCUGCUCUCUUGGCCCUGCCUUUCGUUCCUCGGUGGUGGUGGCGCGGAUAACUCGAGGGAGGGAGAUUGAGGUCGGUCGAAGCGGCAAUGGCGAUGGCGAUGCGGGCGGCAGCGGCCUUCUUCUCGCCCUCCGUCUCCCCGAGCCCGAAGCAGCAGCACACGCACUCCGUCUUCUCCCCCCGGCGCGGCUCCACCCGCCGUAUCGAUCCCCGUCGCCUCCGCGCCUUCCCAGCCACCGAGCUCACCCUCGAGGAGCUCAACCCCUCCGUCGCACUGCUCAGGAAGACCGCGGAGGCCGUCGGCGAUUUCAGGAAGACGCCCAUCUACAUCGUCGGGACGGACUGCAAUGCCAAGCGCAACAUCGCCAAGCUGCUCGCCAACUCCAUCAUUUACCGCUACCUCUGCAGCGAGGACCUGCUCGAGGACGUCCUCGGCGGCAAGGACGCCCUCGCCGCCUUCCGGGAGUCCGACGAGAAAGGCUACCUCGAAGUCGAGACCGAGGGGCUGAAGCAGCUCACGUCCAUGGGCAGCCUCGUGCUUUGCUGUGGCGAUGGCGCCGUCAUGAACUCCACCAACUUAGGGCUACUGAGGCAUGGAGUCUCCAUCUGGAUCGAUGUCCCUCUCGAAUUAGCCGUGAACGAUAUGUUGAAGAGCAAGGGAGCACAAGCUAUUUCAGACCCUGAUUCCUUUUCUCAGGCAAUGGCAAAGCUCCGUCAGCGUUAUGAUGAUCUGAAAGAGCGGUAUGCAGUUUCUGAUGUUACUGUUUCAGUACAGAACGUGGCUUCUCAGCUAGGCUACAGCAGCAUCGACUCUUUGAGCCUGGAGGACAUGGUCAUUGAGAUUGUGAGUCGGAUUGAGAAGCUGAUCCAAGCGAAGGCGAUGAUGGAAGCUGCUGGGAAGCCUGAAUGAUUCGAGCAUCGACUGAUGUCCGAGGAAUCAAGUUCCGCCGCUUGGUUUCAAUAUUUUUGCGACAUUUCGUAUACAUAGUUCGAGCCGAUGAAGGCUUUGGGGGCAUGCGCCACGAGUCUUUCACGACAUCAUAGUAACAUGGUACUCCUCGCUGCAAGUUAUUCAUGUGGCCAGUUGUAAAAUGUAUAUGGCUCAACGGCCGAACAUUAAACAGGAGAUUUUUUUUUUCUUCCAAUGAGUAAGGAAGUAGAAGAGGAGCACCAGUUCACUCUUAGUGAAAA